AUGGAAGUGAACAAUCUUACUAUGUCUUCUACGUUUUCAUCCUCCUCUAUUGUCGUGAAUGGGAUGCUUUCGGCUCUUCGAAGUGCUGGCAGAGGGUCUUUAACAUCUAGUCGACAUUGUGGAACCAAGUUCACAUCGUCCGCUGAUGUCGUGGUUUGUGGUGGAGGUAUUGCAGGCACUUCAGUUGCCUAUCAUCUCGCCAAACGAGGAAAACGUGUCUGUCUCUUCGAAAAAGACGCUGUUGGUUGUGGAGGAGCGACUGGAGUUAGUGGAGGCCUGGUCACUGCCCCCAUUUUUUUCCAGCAUCCAACGAAACGACAUUUAGCUCGUAGAUCUCUAGACUUGUACACUGAACUUGCUCACUUAGGCCGUUUUAAAUUCACAAAAUGCGGAAGAGUUUAUAUGGCAUCCUCGACUGCGAACGAGAUAAUGUUAAGGAGAAUGUAUUCGCGAGGAGCAAUUUACAGCGAUGAUGUUGAGCUAAUCGAUUGUCCAAGUGAAAUGUUAUCAAGAUGGCCGUUUCUUCAAACCGAAGAUAUACAACUUGCUUUAUUCUCACCAGAAGAUGUUGCACUGGAUCCCGUUGCUCUUUGUCAAGAGCUCGCUAAGCAAGCUCAGUUGGCAGGUGCGCAAAUCUUCGAAAGUUGUGCAGUUGAAGAAGUUUUGUUGGGUGACGAACGCCAAGUAUACGCGGUUAAGACUGGUAGUGGUCUCGUAGAAACGCCUCGAUUUGUGGAUGCUAGUGGAAUUUGGACAGGAACUGUGUUAACUAAGACAUUACCUUUCCGUCAUAUUCAAACUGCUGCUUAUCCGUGUACCUACACGUAUAUCCACAGUGCUAAACUACCGACUAGUAGUGUUUCGGACACCACACCGAUUUUCAACGAUCUCGACGGUAAAAUCAUGAUCCGUGCAACUGCUUUCAAAACUCUGUGCGCUGGCUUUCUAAUAGAUGGUAUUCGACCUCUCGCUCGGCAUAGUACAUCUCAAGGUGUAUGGACACAUCCAGAACCAGAUUGGGACUUGUUUGGGUCAUCACUGGAAAAGCUGCUUCACCGUUGUCCAAUGAUUGGUGAAAUCGACCACGGAGAUCUUAUUUGUGGCAUGGAAGCCUACACUCCGGACAAGGCGCCAGCUGUCGGUGAAAGUAGUCAGGCCCAUGGAUACUAUGUAAUGAAUGGAUUGAAUGGUCAAGGCCUUUCAAUGGCAGGCGGACUUGGGGAGUUAAUGGCAGACUGGAUAUGUGAUGGAAUUCCUGAAAUUGACGUAGCUCAUUUGGAUGUUGGUCGAUUUCUAGAGUUACAUGCAAAUUCGCAAUACCUCAUGGAACGAGUCCCAGAAAUUGCAGCGAUGACCUAUAGUAACAUGUACCACUCCCAUCAGUUCCAUACUGCCCGAAAUCUUCGGAUGUCACCAAUUUACCAUCAACUUCGCGAUGCAGGAGCAGUAUUCGGAGAAAUUAUGGGUUACGAACGGCCGUUGUGGUUUGAGCAGUAUCCCAAAUCAGAACGCAAUGCACUGUUCCAGGGCCAGGAUCCUCUCAUCGGAAGGCCUGUUUGGUUUGACAGUGUGGCCAUUGAAUAUGAAGCGUGUCGUGAACGAGUAGCACUUAUCGACAUGAGCAGUUUUACCAAAUUCGAUGUUAUGGGACCUGAUGUUGUGAAGUUUUUGCAAUAUCUUUGUUCAGCAAAUAUUGACAGGCCUGUAGGAACAACCAUUUAUUCUGGCAUGCAACACGAACGGGGAGGUUACGUAACAGAUUGUACGCUUAGUCGAUUGUCGGAGACAAGCUAUUUCAUUGUUGCCCCCACAAUACAACAAGAACGUUGCAUGACAUGGAUGAAAUAUUGGAUCGACAAAAUGAAAGUUAAUGUUCACAUUCAGGAUGUGACUGGUAUGUACACAGCGCUAGACGUCGUGGGUCCAUCCUCUCGUUAUCUGAUGGCGGAUGUUACCGAAAUGUCUAUGAGCACAACAGAUUUUCCCAAUUUCCGCUGUCAGGAAAUAAACAUUGGUAUGGCUACUGGUAUACGAGCUAUAAGUGUUACGCACUGUGGCGAGCUGGGCUGGGUAAUCUACAUUCCAAAUGAGGUUGCUCAAAAUGUCUACGAACGGUUAGUGGAGGCAGGACGUGAAUACAGCUUGCUUCAUGCCGGCUACUACACCCUUCGACAGCUGCGUAUCGAAAAGUUCUAUGUUUAUUGGGGUCAGGACAUCGACGCUACUGUCACGCCAGUCGAAUGCGGCAGAUCAUUCCGCGUCGACUUCCAGCCGGACGAGUAUGAAGCAUUGCGACAUGCUUUCCGGGUUGACUUCACCAAAGACUUCAUCGGUAAACCCGCGCUGGUAAAACAACUCGAGCGUGGUGUGUCGAAAAGAUUUGUUCAAUUGCUAGUGGAUAACCAUGACAAAGAUACGGAUCCAUGGCCUCAAGGAGGAGAGACGUUGUUCAGAGAUGGGAAACCAGUGGGAUGCACAACCACAGCAGCAUAUGGAUUCACUCUGGGAUGCCAUGUAUGCACUGCAUAUGUGGUGAACAAAGAAUUCGGGAUUUCCGCUGACUUCUUGAAUCGUGGCAGAUACGAACUGGAUAUUGCUGGGAAACGUUUCCCAGUUAGAGUUAACCUACACUCCCCGUCACUACCGAUGAUCUCCUCAGAGCAUCCUUUACAUUAUAGACCCACACAAUAG